UCGACUCGCCCUGCCCCCCUGUUCUCGCUGUGCGCUCUGCGGUUCUGAUCUCGGAGGGACUCCGAGCUCUUGCAUUCCAACCAUUCCAGUCUCCGCGAACAAUCGGUCCUCAGUUAUUUAUGAGUAGCGCUUUCUCUCUCUCUCCCGGCUCAGUCUGUUGUGAAAGCUUCUCGAAGACGCACACGGUAGCAGUGCACUCUCUCAGAGGAACGUAGUAUACUCAGGAUACGAAUUUAUACUUUCCAGUUCUAGGAAGUUCUAUUAGGAUUACAUUACGUUUAAAAAUAAAUAGAAACGUUAUAGGGCUACGGCGUCCACAACUUGUUUCCGUGAUGACAAUGUAAAUAGAUCUGUGGUUAACUAAUAAUCCAAACCACCAAGUUCAACACAGCCCUUCACUUAUAUAUUCUCUGAUUGACUGAGAUGAGAACUGCUGAGGAGUCUUCUGGCACGGUCCUGCACCGUCUAAUCCAGGAGCAGCUCCGUUACGGGAACCCCACAGACACCACUACCCUCCUGGCCAUCCAGCAGCAGGCCCUGCGUGGAGGCAGCAACAGCAGCGGAGGAGGCGGUACCGGAUCCCCCCGUUCCUCCCUGGAGAGCCUGACCCAGGAGGAGUCCCAGUUCAUCCACAUGUCCACCAGACAGGAUCCCCAGGGUCAGGAGUACCAGGGGGACUACAACCACUGUGAGAGUGAUUCUGUGUGUCAUCUCUACCAGCUCCACAGACACGGAGAGGAGCUGCCCACCUAUGAGGAGGCCAAGGCCCACUCUCAGUACCUGGCCUCGGUAGGGGCCCAUCGGGGUCAGGGGCUUGAGGUGAUGAAUCACCAGGGAGGAGCCCAGUGGGACCUGAAACGGGAGCACACCCGCUCCCUCAGUGAACGGCUCAUGCAGCUCUCCCUGGAGAGGAAUGCUGGAUCAUGUGGAUCCAGAGACAGUCUGCCCCUCAGCUCCACUCAGAGUUACCCACAGCUUUCCAAUGGCCACUGUGGGCCUGUUGACCACCAGGGACCAGAGUCUCUCCAGUACCCUGAUCAGAGGGGACCUCCCCCGGACUACCCCUUCCUGGUCAGGCCUCCUGGAUACAUGCUCAGCCACUCACAGGAGACACACGGACACUACCACCAGGAACCUCCUCCACCAUUCCACUCCCAGCACAGGUAUGAACCUGCCCAUGCCCAGAUGAUUCACCACAGUGUCCAUUCUGGUCCAGAGGUCUACAUGAGCCACAGCAACCCCAGUACCCACAACAACAGUGCCCAGAUGGACCUGUUGAGGGAAAAUCAGAGACUGCGGAAAGAGCUGGAGGGGUACAGCGAGAAGGCUGCCAGACUUCAGAAGCUGGAAGUAGAGAUCCAGAGGAUAUCUGAGGCCUACGAGACCCUGAUGAAGGGCUCAGCCAAGCGAGAGAUCCUGGAGAAAACCAUGAGGAACAAACUGGAGUCAGAGAUCAAGAGACUACACGACUUCAACAGAGACCUCAGAGAUCGUCUGGACACUGCUACAAAACAGCGAGUAACCAAGGAUGUUGAAUCUGCCAACCAGAAGCAGCAGGUCUUCGCCAAGCUCCUCGAACAAAAUGAGGAGCAGCAGCGGGAGAUGCAGCGUCUGCGUGACUCCGGGGAGGAGUGGCUUCGGCGCCGGGAGGUUCUGGAACUGGCCCUGGGGUCGGCGCAGACCCGUAACCUGGCCCUGGAGGAGGAGCUUAGAAGGAAGAAGGCGUACGUAGAGAAGGUAGAGAGGCUGCAGAGUGCCCUGGGCCAGCUACAGGCAGCCUGUGAGAAGAGAGAGUCCCUGGAACUGAGGUUGAGGACCAGGCUGGAACAGGAGCUGAAGAGCAUCCGAUCAGCACAGUCCCACAGCACGGCUAGCGGUCCUGGCUCCCUGCCCUCUGAUGUGAGCUCCAUGGUGUCUGUACAGCAGCAGCUGGCUGAGAGAGAAGAGAGGAUCCUGGCUCUGGAGGCUGACAUCACACACUGGGAACAGAAGUACCUGGAGGAGAGCACCAUGAGGCAGUUCGCUAUGGACGCAGCCGCUACGGCUGCAGCUCAGAGAGAUAGCAGCAUCAUCAAACACUCGCCUCGUCACUCACCCAACAACAGCUUCAACAACCACCUACCAUCCAGCCACAGACAUCAGGAGAUGGAGAACAGAAUCCGAGCGCUGCACUCCCAGCUCCUGGAGAAGGACGCAGUGAUCAGGGUGUUACAGCAGAGGACUGGACCAGAGCAGCAGGCCCUCCGCCCUGCCAGGUCUGUCCCCUCCAUCAGCACCGCUGCCAACACCUCAACAUCCACCUCCUCCACUGACCCAGUGGAGCGACCCAUCUGGGGAAAAGGAAAGAGCCUCUCUGAUGACCAGACGGCUGCUGCAGUGUCUCCUCUGUCCCGGCCCCCCCACCAACACCCCCGCGCCCCCCUGGCCCUGCCUCUCCCCUACUCCGAGCCCCAGAGAAGGGACCACAGCAGCCAGUGUGAUAGGGAUGUCCCAGCCCAAAAGGCUGACCUCACAGUGGAUCUCCCCAGCAGUUCAGACACUGCAGCAGACGUGGUAGAAAUCCUUAUUUAACAAACAUCGAACUGUGGAUGGACAGUGAUAACACGGUCGAUAACCGAGAGACCUUCCUGUCCUGUAUAUCCCACUCAGUGAGAAGAAGACAGCCUGCCUGUCCGUUUGUUUCUGGUCAGACUGGCCUCCAGAUGAACAGAUGGACACUUCCUUUGAAGACAGAUGGACAGUUUGGAGAUGGACAUGGACAUGUGCUUCCUACCUACCUUCCUUCCUUCCUUCCAUCCAUCGUACCUACCUUCAUACUGUACCUACCUACCUACCUACCUACCUACCUACCUACCUACCUACCUGAGAAAAUAAUCCAGAAGCAACAGGAAGUGUGUAGCAGACAGAGAGGAGAGCUCUGCUCCACUUGACUGUUUCUCUCUCUACACUUAGAAAAGUGAAGAAGAACUUUAUUGGCCGUGUUCUCUAGUUAGUGGACCUGCCAGGUGCAACUACCCCAGUCUCCAUCUGAAGCCUCCAAGGUACUCAGACAAGGCUUCUGCAUUGCUGCACAACCUGAGAUAUCAAUCAAAACUGCAUUUGUAUUAUAUUUGUAUGUAGUUGUUUUAUUUUGAUGUAUUUAUAUUCUUGUUUAAGUGCUGCUCGUAGUGUGACGUGAUGUGUUUGUUUGAAGAGUUGUGCGUUGUUUGGCCUUUAAGAAAGCUGUCUGUCUGUCUGUCUGUCUGUCUGUCUGUCUGUCUGUCUGUCUGUCUGUCUGUCUGUCUGUCUGUCUGUCUGUCUGUCUGUCUGUCUGUCUGUCUCCACCCCUUGCUGGUCUAUACACUUCUAUUCAUACUGCAUAUCUGUUUCCGUCAUGGACAGACAGUGUGUCAGCUACUUUGAGCUCAGCAUGCCAAGUCAAAUGAUCCAACAUUCCUGGGAAAAAAACGGCAUCACUAUCCCACGGUUACUUUAGCUUGUUCUAUGAUUACACAUAUCCUUCCUAUUAUGUUGUAACACUAAUAUACGUUCUUGGUGAAGACAGUUGUAGAAGUAAGCUCUCCUCCUCUUCCUCCUUUUCCUGCUCCUCCGAUGUCCUUGGAUUAGUGGUCCAUUUCACAGUGUGUUUGAGUACCGUAAAUACCAUUGAACCCCAACUUCUGCAUUCCCAAGUCUAAAUGAAACUAUGCAGUUGGCACUCUCCUCUCCCUACAUAUUACAGCCUGUAUGUUGAGGCCCUGCACCCUCCCAGCUUUAACACUGGAAUGGGAAUGGGCCUUGUUUAGACUGGAGGGUGGAGUAACGGUGGAUGGCAUGUCUGUCUAUCUGUCUGCUUUUCCUCUUUGAGAAACAGAGGAUGAGAAGAGGAGAGGCUGGCGUUCACAGCACUGGGCCUGAUGUCUGAGAUGCCCAGGCUGUGUCCUAAAUAGCACCCUAUUCCCCAUGUAGUGCCCUGGUUAAAAUUAGUGCACUAUAGAGGGCAGGGAUCAUCAACUAGAUUCAGCCGCAGGCCGAUUUUCUUCUUGAGCGGAUGGUCGGGGGGCUGCAACAUAAUAAAAAAUAAUUUGUAGACUGCAAAUUUACCGCAAGAAGACCCACCAUUUUUUCCAUUUGAUUAAAACAUUAUCAUUUUUAACCUUGCUUACAUUAGUAUAGAUCAGAUAUAUAUUUAUAUUAUGCGGGGGAAUACUUUGGAACAGAUUUACCAAAUUAAAAUCACUUGGAGCUGAUUUGCUGGUGUUUUUUUUACUGUCUUUAAUGUUCAACAAUAAAUCAUAAUUGGAGAACUCUGAUGAUAUAGGGAAUAAGAUGACAUUUGGAACACAGCCGGGUUAUUGUUUUAGGUCCCAGACAGUCGAUACCCAGAAUGCCGCUGUCCCAUCACCCUCUGCUGACAAGCGAGGGGCUAAUCGACUGACAUUCCUUCCUGAUGGAAUGCUCCCACUCUCCCACUCGGUCCAAUAAUUAGGCUAUGUAGAGACCUUUGACCUUGUUAACAUACAUUCUGAGGAUUCUAUUUUCUUUUUCAGUCUAUUUAUUUCUGCCAAGCCUCCAUGGUAGCUGGUUUCUACCAGGAGCAUCUGAGCAUCUUCUAAAUCGUUGAGUAGUUAUAUACGGAAACAUAUCCGUGGAGACAGAGAGCUAGCCGGCCAUAUCUGCCUUGCAUCUGCUAUUCUAUUUGUUGAUCGUGCUAAAUAACUCCAGUGUUAUUUUGAAGUAUGCUGUUUUUCUCUCCUCCUUGCUUGAGGAUCUCACAUUUCUGAGGUCUGAAUGUCUUUUACAUGUUUUUAUGUGUUCCUAAUUUAAACUUCAGCCUGCAUCUAUUGGGAUGGUGACACGUGUUGAUACCAGUUAGUUCUCUGUGUGUGUGUGUGUGUGUCAGAGCAGGAGUCUGAAUUAUUGUUGUUGACUGGAAUGUGAGAAGAGUAUUGUAUUCAAACUCUACAGUCCUUCACUAUCUUCAAAUUAUAGUUAUUUUCUUCUUUCUCUCACAGGGCAUUUGCUGGUCAUACGCUCUGUGUCAGAACCAUUUGCUGGUCAUAUGCUCUACGUCAGAACCAUUUGCUGGUCAUACGCUCUGCGUCAGAACCAUUUGCUGGUCAUACGCUCUGCGUCAGAACCAUUUGCUGGUCAUACGCUCUGCGUCAGAACCAUUUGCUGGUCAUACGCUCUGCGUCAGAACCAUUUGCUGGUCAUACGCUCUGCGUCAGAAACAUUUGCUGGUCAUACGCUCUGCGUCAGAACCAUUUGCUGGUCAUACGCUCUGCGUCAGAACCAUUUGCUGGUCAUACGCUCUGCGUCAGAACCAUUUGCUGGUCAUACGCUCUGCGUCAGAACCAUUUGCUGGUCAUACGCUCUGCGUCAGAACCAUUUGCUUUUUGAUGAAUACCCUUUUCACUAUUAAUUGGACUUUGUUUACAUAAAGUUGUUGUUUUGAACUGAGAAAAGAAGUUAAUAUAUUUUGUAUAUUAUUUCAUUUUUAGUAUUUUAUUGAUGUGAAAAAUGAUGCCAAAGAUUUGUUCUAACAUGAGCCUAUAUAAACCAACCUGCAUGGUUUAGUGUAAACACCUCGCUGGUUAAAAAACCCUUAUGUUGAUGUACACCUCGCUGGUUGAACCCUUAUGUUGAUGUACACCUCGCUGGUUAAACCCUUAUGUUGAUGUUGCUGUGGAGAACUUUUCUAUGCCAUUAACAUUUCAUUAAUGGAAUAAAAACAGUAAUAUAUAUCUUUAAAA